GUUCUGUGGUUCACCUUCCACCAGUAUCAUCUAGUGACCAGCUACGUACUGUCACAGAACGAUCUCUCCUACCAGGCUGAUGUUUCUGCAGAUAAAGAAAACCCAAGCAAGUCCAGCACAGUGUUGUAUGGCCACAAGUUCCCCACCCCAGAAACGACCAUGGGAGGGAGGGUGCUGUGUGAGUACUGUGGGGUGACCAGUACUGCAGCAUCACUGGCCAAGAGUGCACAAGACAGCCUUCGUCCAAGUUUCCUCACAGAAAAUAACAUGAAGCUUAUCAAGGGUAAAAUGGUAGGAUCAGUUGUUGUCCUUGAAGCCAAUGGAACAGCACAAAUGAGAUCACCUCUGACCUUGAUCGAUAACCCUACCGUGACCUUCACCUUAAUGACGUCUGAGACCUUGAAAGUGAAACUGAAGUUUGUCUCUCCAAAGGAUGAAGAAGCCUUGACCUUUGACCUUGCUGGAGGUGUCGGUGCUGUAGUGGAUAACGGCAAGAAAAAUAACUUCAAAUGGAUGAGUACUUUCAAAAGUGCAGGAAUUCCAGUGACCUUCACCUUGGUGGCAGAUAAGGAGGACAAGAUGACUGUGAAGUAUAAGAUUGGCCAAGGAAAGGUUGAACGGAUAUCGCUACCAGCCAUGCCGCUGAAGCUGAGUGUGGAACACGAUGAGCCUUCGUGUUCUUUCACCUUGAGUGGAUACAGUUUCAUGCAAUCUAACCUUGAGGUGAAGGUCGGCAUGAGGCUGGAGGCACUGGAUCUACUGAACCCUUCUCUAGUGUGCGUGUCAACUAUCGCGGAAAUUGCAGAAGAUGGUAAAUGGUUAAUCCAUUUUGAUGGCUGGACAUCGAAGUAUGAUUACUGGACAGAGCCAGAUGUGAAGAAUCUUCAUCCCCUCGGGUACAUGGCAGCUGUUGGCCGCACAAACAAGAACUACUCCCCAAAACUGCAGGCUCCUAAAAACUAUGGCCGUCAGUUUGACUGGGCGCAGUACCUUCAGGAAGAAGAUGCAGAUCCAGUGCCCUGGGAUUUCUUCUCUGAUAUCCAGAAAGAAGGCACUCCCCCAGAUGAGACGUUGAGAUGUCUCAACAUAACCACCUCCCCGACAUCAUCAAGCGGACCGAAGCAUCUUCGCUGCCAGAGUAUGAAAAACAGAGGCUCAGUAAUUGAGCUGGACGUGAGGAGGAUGUUGAGAGAUCCUUCACCAGAUCUCCGCGACGAUCUUAGUGAGUUUCUUACUCGCAACCAGCGUCUAUUCUGUGUCCUGCCCACAUCACUGGAUGUCAACUUCAUCCGGUAUCCAUCCAUGUCGGCCAUUGCCAACCACACGGAACAGAAUAUCCACUUCCUGUGUCAUCCUGACAAGUUUGAUGUGCACAUGGUGGAUCUCCCUGGAUUUGCCUUCCAAAGUCUGGCCGGGUACGCAGAGAUGGAGACGGUGCUGAUACUCACCUACCUGGCGUUGCUGCUGCAGGAGCACACACUGCCAGGAAAGCUGACAAUGCUGUGCCCCGGAGCAGAGAAGAUGGACCAGGACCAGGAGAAGAUGGAGAUCGCCUUCAGUCGACUGAUGCGGAUGUAUUUCAAGAUGCUGUGGUUUGUCAGUGGGAGACACAUCUUUAAGCAGUCCAAAAAGCUGCAGCGAAGAACUACUUUUACUGGAGACCGUUUGACUCUGGAGUCCAGUGAAGCUCUUAGUGUGACCUCGAUACUUAUGGCUGCCAGAGAGAAGGACUCCUUCAGUGCCAUCGUGAGCAGUCACGGCAACCUGGAACAUGUACAAUGCAAACCCCACGAGCUGGCCAUGGCUCCCGUGUCCGAAGUUUCCCAAAUUGACCUGAACUCUUUUGACAACUAUCACCAUCUCAUAUUUAAACUCGAUCUACGAAACAACCAGAUCAAGGAGCUGCCUGAAGAUAUCUUCACCCGAUUCUACAACCUUGCUGACCUCAACUUGGCGCGAAAUCAACUGAUGACCUUGCCCUCUGUUGCAAAAUGUGAUCAAUUAACAUCUAUCGAUGUUAGCUACAACAAACUAGCAGCCCUGCCCGGAGACUUAUCUCAUGUCAAGGACAAACUCGUCUUCUUGAACAUAUCCCACAAUCCUCUGUACACACUUCCUGUGGUGGUUCAGUUGUGUAAGAAUCUGGUGGAACUACAUGCAGACAAUGUGGGCAAAGUGCCAAAUUUGGACGCAAUAUGUACCAUAAUGCCUGGCUUGGAGAAGCUCUCCUUAAACUACAAUGUCAUCGAGAAGUUGCCGUCUGCUUUACCGUCACAGCUGAAAGUGCUCGGUUUGGCCGGAAUUCCCAUCAUUGAACCGCUGGCGUCGUCCAAAGCAACAUAUACCUACACAUCCUUUGAAACAUUUCUCAAUGAAAACACAGUCCUGUCGAAAAUGUCGGAACAGGACAGGAAGAACCUGUUCCAGUCUGCCGACCCCGGGAAGACGGGGUCACUGACCCGGGAUGGGGUCAUACAGAUCAACAAUACGAUGAUGUCCAAUGAAACAUAUCUCCGAUUUGGACAAAGAAAGGACACUCAAACGAAAGACAAGAAGAGUGGACAGCUCCCAGACUUCCUGAUGGCGUGCACAACGCUGGAGACGCUGGACGUGUCCAACAACUGCUUGACCAGCAUUGAGGACUCCAUAUCAGGCCUCACUAAACUAGAGUCUAUCAACCUCAGCAACAACCUUCCUCUUGUAUCAGUAUCUGCAGAAAUAACUGCCACUCCACUAAAAGAAUUGCACUUGAAGAACUGCCCAGCAUUGAAAACCCCUCCUAAAGAGGUUGUUGGCAGAGGAUUCAAGGCCAUCCUGGGAUACCUACGGCGACUGAGGAUGGGGUCGGUGGACUGCAAGCGAACGAAGUUGAUGUUUGUUGGACUUGGAGGAGCUGGCAAAACCAGCCUGGUUCGAGUACUGACAGAUGGCAGCUAUGCCUACUACACCGACUACGGUGAAAACAUCACCGACGGUAUCGACAUCACCCGAUGGGACGUCCCUGUCGAGGGAUCCAAGGAGCCCAUCUCCUACAGCACAUGGGACUUUGCUGGACAGACCGUCUACUACAACACGCAUCAGUUUUUCCUGUCAAACCGAGCCGUUUACUUCCUCCUGUGGAACAUCCGACUGGGCUACGAACAUGCUGGUCUGGACUUCUGGCUGAGCUCCAUCGCAUGCCACGCCCCUAAAGCUCCUAUACUGGUGGUUGGCACACACUGUGAUAAGGUAGAGAAGCCGAGGAUGCCGACAGAUGACUUGCUGCGACGCUACCCACAGAUCACAGGCUUCUACACAGUCAGCUCGUACACGGGUGAGGGCAUCGAGAAGCUGAAGUCUGACCUCAUCAAGGUCACCCUGGAUCAGAAGUACAUGGGGGAGAAGAUCCCCGAGGCCUGGCUCAACCUGGAGAAAGUCCUCAUAAAGGCAAGGAACCAGGAUCUGAUGCCGUGGAAGGAUGUCCAGAAAAGUGGAGAAGUGUGCGGCAUAGUUGACGAAGUUGAACUCACUCAGUCCAUCCAGUUCCUGCACGAUCUUGGGUCAGUGCAGUUCUUCAACACUCCCUUCCUGAAGUCCUACGUCGUGGUCCGGCCACAGUGGAUUGUGGAUGUCAUGGCCUGCGUGGUCACUGUGCAUGAAGGCCCAGUUCAGAACGGACGCCUGAAACACACUCAGAUGUCAGAGAUCUGGAGUCAGUACUCACAGGAGCUUCAUCCGUGGCUGCUGAGACUCACAGAGGAGUUUGAUCUGACAUGUCCCCUGAAGGACGAGGACACCAACAUCGUGCCUUGUCUACUCCCUACUGUAGAACCACAGUACAACUGGCCGGCGCUGAAGACAGGGUACCGAGAGACCAAAAUGAUGUACAGCUACGACUAUCUGCCUGCUGGACUCUUCAACAGAGCCCAGGUCCGACUGCAUCAGUUGACGGACGGGUCAGUGAUGUGGAAGAAGGGGUCACUGCUCAACAAGAACCAGCACACCGCCCUGCUACUGCAGAUCAGUGCCACUGAUGUACAGGUCAAGGUACAGGGGUACAAGCCAGAGAACAUCCUGUUCCUGGUCCAUGAAGUGUUUGAGUGCCUUAUUUCUGAGUCUUACAGCGGCGUGCAAUAUGACUACUUUGUGCCUUGCAUGGAUUGCCAGUCAGAGAACAUUGUGGAUCCAUGUAUGUUUCCUGCAUCGAAGGUGCUGCGUGCAGCGGAGAUGAAAGCGCCGUUCCUGCAGUGUGACAAGUCCUUCCAUAUCAUGUCCAUUCCCGAGCUGCAAGCCAUUAUGCCACCAGACCGAAACAGCGACUUCGACGACCACCUGGGCCGGACAGUCCGGGAGUUGAAGGACUUGGAGGACACCUCCAUCAGCAUCUUCUUCUGCUACUCCAGGAAGAACGUCCCCUCUCUGGACAUGGAGCACAAGAGAGUCCAUCCUGGAACCAUCAUAGAGGGGCUUCGUGAGGGCGGGAACAAAGUAUCAUUCUGCGACACCCCAGAGACCACGGACAUGGAGACCCUCACUCUGUCCAUGAAGGCAGCACAGGUGGUGGUUGUUGGGAUGUCCGACGAGUUCAUCGAAACCGAGCAGUGCCGCAACCUGAUUGUGUACUGUCAGGAGACGCUGAAGAAACCUCUCCUCCUGGCGCUGGUCGGAGACACGAUUGGAUGGCAGAAAUCUGACCUUAACCUUCUACUUGCAGAUCACGUUUAUGUAAAGAUCUACGAAACGAAAACGUUCGACAACAAGAUGAAGGAGCUGCAGGAGGCUGUCAAGGUCAAGGCCGGGCAUUUAAAGAAGGUACGUGACUUCCCCAAGUGCUUUAUCAGCUACUGCUGGUGCAACUCGAAGGAGGCCGUGGAGCAAGGGUCCCAGGCGAAGCCGGGGGCGGCGCUGGGUUGGGGUGACCCUCGCAGACUGAAGCGGUUCCUGGAAGCCAAGGGAAUCAAGUGCUGGCUGGACAUUGAGAGGAUGGGACAGGAGGGUUUCUUUGAGGACAUUGCUGAUGGCCUUCGCAAGUGCAAGGUCAUGAUUGCUUGUGUCUCGGAGCAGUACGCAGAGUCGAAGAAUUGCAAAAUGGAAUUCCGCUUUGCCAUCUCAACACUGAAGAUUCCUGUCAUCCUUGUUGUUGUCGGAACCAGUUACAAAUGGGAGAGUACAGAGGUCGGCAUGAUCGCGGUUGGCCACGAGUGUCCGAAAGUCAACCUGCAGUAUGAUAACGAGGCUGGGCUGCUGGACGUGCUGAGUAGGGUCCAGGAACUCAUCCCCAGGGAGGAGGAAGACACAGAGAACCAGACCUCAGACACCCAGCGACAGACUGCCUUCCAGGAAGUCCUGGAGUUGGCAGAGAGGAAGUUCCUGCGUCAACUGAUGACGUACGCAGACACUAUGGAAGGUGAAGGUUACCCCCAUCUCGCAGUGGUGGACAUCAACCCUACCCCCCAACUGACGGAGGAGGAGAGACAGGCACUGGAUGGGAAUUCUGACAGGGAUGAGGAGGGGUAUAGGAAGCUGUUGGAGGAGACGAAGGAGAUGAAUGAGGAGGUACAAGAGGAGACAAUCAACAAGAUCUACAAGGAGAUUGAGAAGAAAAAUCAAGAGGUUCUCAAGCAGGCAGAGGCUAAACUGGCUGCAUCCAAAUACUGCUUCAGAUUGCUGUGUGAACAUGAACAGGGGUGGCAUCCCGUGCCCGACAGCAUCCCGUUCCCCAGCCUUGAUGUACCUGAUGAUGAUUACCUGAAGACUGUUGCGCCGUACCUGGCUCGCCUCCAGUCUAUCCUGAAACACUCCAGUAUGGACAUGAAGCUGUUGACAACUGCUGAGGGGGAGAGGUUGAGGAUGAAGCUGGAUGAGUGGUGUGCCAGGACGGACAGCGUCUUCCAGGAGGAGUACAAGAGUCUUCUGCAGACUGUGAUGGAACAAGACAAGGACGGCGCCAAGUGUGGACUGUCAAGGUGUCACAUGCCGAACGCCCUAUACCGAACGGGAAGACGCUGUGGCUGUGCUGUGAACAUGAGCAGAUGUCCUACAGCUCCACGGCUCUUCGAUACAAAGAACAGCUGGAGAAGAAGUCGAAGGAAGACGAUGUUGAGGAAGAGAUGAAACCAGGGGAGGGAGCUGAUGGCAAAAAAUCUCAACAUAAUGAUGAUGACGAUGACGAUGAUGAUGAUGACAGUGAUGAUGAAGAUGAAGAGGAAGACCAGGUGGCAGAAAUUGCCAAACCUGAUCCCAUACCUGUGAAGAAAACUCUGAAGAGACAGACCUCGCAAGCUUGCAAUGUCAUGUGAUCUGAUCAGCCAAUCAGAAAUCAUUUCAAAGUGGAAAAGGCAAACCUGCGAUAUCAUGUGAUCUAUGUUCGGCAAUAAGAAUCCAUACCUUUGCGUGUGGAUUUCACCAUUUUGAUCCAAGACCAGCAUCACUUUCGCCCUCACAUGCUGUGAUAUAGCUGCAAUAUUUUUCAUCGUAAAACAGUUCACAUAUUUCGAUAUUACUCAAAAGUUUGGUUUGGGGGGAAAGUGGGUCACUGUCACCUACUUAUUUUCAAGAAGUGUUCCUACGAUUCCACAGACAUUCCAUGAGUCCUAAUGAUAAUUAUAACUAUUUUUAUGAAACAAUGUCCCAAGGCAUAGAUAGGAUUAUCAACAGAGUGGGAUUAAAUUUAGCCAUUCAGUGUACACUUUAUAUGUCUGCAAGUAUCAAGUUUAGACUAAUAGUAAAAGGUUAUCUUAUUACGUCUCAUUUGACACAAGGCGAUAUUUGUGAUGUCUGGGACUUGAAGUGAGUCAUUGGGGCUGCACGUAUGUAACUGAUUUUAAGUCUGUGUCUUCUCACACAUAUUAUUCUUGAUACAGUCUUGAAGCUUUGCAGUAAGACACAUUUAAGAUUCC